UGCAGUUGGUAUUUCCUGUAGGGUCUCCCUGCAUGCACCGAGAUGGUAAACCUGAAGCAAACCGGUAACAGGACCGACAGGGAGUCGACAAGACGCCGGUAAACUAGGACAAAAGGGGCAGAAAUAAAACACGCAUUGUCGAUUCAGUCAAGGAUAUUACGCGUUCAACUUCAGAUCCGAGUGUUUGUACGUAAUUUAUAAGAGAUCGUCACUUUAGACGAGACGUUGCGGAUGGUUCGAGGCGGCUGACAAACUGUGUUCCGCGGUGGCUGUUUUAAAACAUAUUCUUCCAGGUUUUUGGCUUGUCAGCUGAUAGCAAUUGUUGAUCUCCGACAUAGGGUAGGUGACACAUCCGUGCCUUUUGGUAGACCGACUCGGUAACUGUUACUGGCCGGUGGACCUCCGGCCAGAGCUGAACCUCCGAGCGGCCCGCUUUGACUAACUCCCGCGGAAGGAGCCGGGUGUAGGUCAGGAUCCGGAUUUGUAAGUUGGAAUAGUCAGUGGUUUUUAAGAAACACCGAUAUUUGACCCCCGGAGCCGGCUAGAAUCCGGACAGAGACCUCAUGAAUGGAAAUCGGAACUACAGAAGAAAGUCAUGCAGGUUUGGAAUGGCAUGAGGGAGCCGUUGGGGCUGCGUCCCUGUUCUCCGUCCCUCGGAGGCCAGGCUAUGGCACCAUGGGGAAACCCAUCAAGCUGCUGGCCAACUGCUUCCAGGUGGACAUCCCCAAGAUGGACGUCUACCUGUAUGAGGUGGACAUCCAGCCGGAAAAAUGCCCUCGGCGUGUUAACAGGGAGGUGGUGGAUUCUAUGGUGCAGCACUUUAAGGUGACAAUCUUCGGGGACAGAAGGCCAGUCUAUGAUGGCAAGAAGAGCCUCUACACCGCCCAACCGUUACCAGUGGCCACAGGGGGGGUGGACCUGGAUGUGACCCUGCCGGGUGAAGGUGGAAAGGACAGACCGUUUAAAGUGAGCAUUAAGUUUGUGUCGCUGGUCAGCUGGCACAUGCUGCACGAGGUUCUCACAGGGCGGAGCAUGCCAGAACCUGAAGUGCUCGAUAAGCCAAUCAGCACCAAUCCUAUACACGCCGUGGAUGUGGUUCUCCGCCAUCUGCCCUCUAUGAGGUACACCCCAGUGGGACGGUCUUUUUUCUCCUCCCCCGAGGGCUAUGAUCACCCAUUGGGUGGGGGGAGGGAGGUGUGGUUUGGGUUUCACCAAUCAGUGCGUCCUGCCAUGUGGAAGAUGAUGUUGAACAUUGAUGUUUCUGCCACGGCAUUCUACAAAGCCCAGCCGGUGAUUCAGUUCAUGUGUGAAGUUCUGGAUAUCCACAACAUCGAUGAGCAGCCUCGUCCCCUUACCGACUCCCACAGAGUCAAGUUCACCAAAGAGAUCAAAGGUCUAAAGGUAGAGGUCACCCACUGUGGCACCAUGCGAAGGAAGUACAGGGUGUGUAAUGUUACACGCCGGCCGGCCAGUCACCAGACGUUUCCUCUACAGCUAGAGAACGGACAGACCGUGGAGAGAACAGUGGCACAAUAUUUCAGGGAAAAGUACAGCCUACAGCUCAAGUACCCCCAUAUGCCCUGUCUGCAAGUGGGGCAGGAACAAAAACACACUUACCUGCCUCUAGAGGUGUGCAACAUUGUGGCCGGCCAACGCUGCAUUAAGAAAUUAACAGACAACCAAACCUCCACCAUGAUCAAAGCCACGGCCCGCUCGGCCCCAGACAGACAGGAAGAGAUCAGCAGACUGGUUCGCAGUGCCAACUACAACUCGGACCCCUUCGUGCAGGAGUUCCAGUUCCGCGUACGGGACGAGAUGGAGGAGGUGACGGGUCGAGUCCUGCCCGCCCCCAUGCUGCAGUACGGCGGCAGGGUGAGCUCUGAACACUUCCUGAAUCGCACAGUAGCCACCCCGAGUCAUGGAGUGUGGGACAUGAGAGGCAAACAGUUUCACACUGGAGUCGAGAUCAAGAUGUGGGCCAUCGCCUGUUUCGCCACUCAGAGACAAUGCCGAGAAGAUGUUCUCAAGGGCUUCACAGACCAGCUGCGCAAGAUCUCAAAGGAUGCUGGGAUGCCCAUACAAGGCCAGCCAUGUUUCUGCAAGUAUGCUCAGGGAGCAGAUAACGUUGAACCCAUGUUCCGUCACCUGAAGAACACCUACGCUGGACUUCAGCUCAUCAUUGUCAUACUGCCUGGAAAAACCCCUGUUUAUGCGGAGGUGAAGCGUGUUGGAGACACACUGUUGGGAAUGGCCACCCAGUGUGUGCAGGUAAAGAACGUAGUGAAGACGUCCCCCCAGACCCUCUCCAACCUCUGCCUCAAAAUCAACGUCAAGCUGGGCGGCAUUAACAACAUACUGGUGCCACACCAGCGCCCUUCUGUUUUCCAGCAACCAGUCAUCUUUCUGGGAGCUGAUGUCACACAUCCACCUGCAGGAGAUGGGAAAAAACCCUCUAUUGCAGCUGUGGUGGGCAGUAUGGACGCUCACCCCAGCAGGUACUGUGCUACGGUCCGUGUGCAGAGGCCCAGGCAGGAGGUUAUACAGGACCUGGCGUCCAUGGUGCGAGAGCUGCUCAUUCAGUUCUACAAGUCCACCCACUACAAACCUACCAGAAUCAUCUUUUAUAGAGAUGGAGUGUCUGAGGGACAGUUCAGACAGGUUCUGUACUACGAGUUGCUGGCCAUUCGCGAAGCCUGUAUCAGUCUUGAGAAGGAAUAUCAACCUGGCAUCACAUACAUCGUCGUCCAGAAACGCCACCACACGCGGCUCUUCUGCGCCGACCGCACUGAGAGGGUGGGCCGAAGUGGAAACAUUCCGGCUGGCACCACAGUGGACACUGACAUCACCCAUCCUUAUGAAUUUGACUUUUAUCUGUGCAGUCAUGCUGGAAUACAGGGUACGAGCCGACCUUCACACUACCAUGUGCUGUGGGACGACAACUGCUUUACAGCCGAUGAGUUUCAGCUCUUGACCUACCAGCUGUGCCACACGUACGUGCGCUGCACCCGCUCCGUCUCCAUCCCCGCGCCAGCCUACUAUGCCCAUCUUGUUGCCUUCAGAGCCCGUUACCAUUUAGUGGACAAAGAGCACGACAGUGCCGAAGGAAGCCACGUGUCAGGCCAGAGCAACGGUCGAGACCCCCAGGCCCUGGCCAAAGCCGUACAGAUCCAUCACGACACUUUGAGGACCAUGUACUUCGCUUAGCCCCGCCUUCAUUUUUUUUUUAACCAAUCAUCAUGCACUUAGCUGGGGCGGGCAUCUCCCAAUCACAAGCUGCUAAGCUGCUCAAAAGAACCAAUUAUAACCGAACUUACAGGAGGAAAACAGCACUGUUAUGCAAUAGACAACGGCCAAUCUUUUCACUGCUGCUUCGCUCUCCGAUUAUUGGUCUGUUUCAUUGUUUUGAAUAUGUCGAUUUAGCAGCUAUUCUGUACCAUUAUUUAUUAGAUUCGUAGAUCUGUUUAACGGUUCGUUUUGCCUGCGUAUGUCACAAAACCAAGUCAGAGGUGUGCUUGAUCAGCUAUUUUUUAGAUCAGCGAAUAAUGCAGUGUUACUUGUUUAUGGAAGGUGCGAUUUGAGUCGAGUAGAUUUCUGCUUCUGUGAUCAGAGUCAUUUGGUUAUUACUGGCAGAUGUGUCUGGAGCACAUUAUGAAACUACUCUUUCUCGGGAAUGGAGCGCCUGGUAUCAGAUGAGUAUUUUUCUUUGAUCUAGCCAAGAUGUUUGAGGAAUGCCACUAUAGAGCAGUACAAAGUUUUGCAAUUGGUUGUUGACGCUUUAGAUCUUUGACUGUUGCUCCGGGUGCUUUUAAACAUCUGCUUUGUCGCUAUUCUGAGAUCCGUUUUACUGUCAUUUUUGCCAGUACGGUUGAAAUCAAGCUUUUCUCAGCCAAACCUAAUCCAGCAUCUGCAAAAAACAAGACGACCUCUUCCUGGAAUGUCAUUCCAUUCCAACAAGAUCUGCUGCUUUACAUCUCAUUUACAUCUCAACAUCUCUGUUCAAGGCUCACCCUUCUUUCCAAAUCCUUUUUUUUUUGAGGAUUGUAUUCUGUACACCUUUGUGAUAUAUUAACUUUCUGGUCCGCAUGGAAAAUACUUCACUUGCCAUUUAGCUUCCGCGCUGUUCCUCUCGCCCUACUCCGUGGCUCACUUAUUAAGCGGGGUUGACAGAUUAGCUUAGGGCUGUAACACCAUUGAAGGGGAACUUUGAACUCCAUUGAGUCUCCAAUUGGUGAGACAUUUCCAUGUAGUCGACUGUAGGAUUAUAUAUGUGCGUUAAAUCUCGGGUGCCUCAUUCUGUCCAGGCGCACCUGCAGCGGAAGCAUCAGUCGGUGUGCGUGACCAUAACAAUGAAUAUGUUCGCACGUAUUGUUCUACUCUGAGGCCUACAUUCAGACAUUUCAUAUUAAGCACAGGUUUAUGGUUCUUGAGGUUAUUAAUGAUUUUGAACUUACGUUGACAGUAACGCAUCUGUAAAUUAUGGAUUUAACUUAUUUUCAGGUGUCUUGCCUGUUGUUCCCCUGUGAACUCUGACAAACACUGUCCUGUAAGCCUCGUAGUGCAAUAAGCCAAUUGUUGUAGGCUCUGUUGUAGACUUUCAUAGUACAAUGCAAACCGAACCUUAUAAUGGAAGGCUUUCGUUUUAAACAUGCUUUGUUCGAUGUUGAGAACUAGAAUGCCACGGGUAUCGAAACAAGCCAACUGAUGUGUUUUAAGACUAUGGUGGUUUUACAUGUUAGGGUUGCGUUUACUACUCUCAACACACAUGGUUGUGUCCGCAUGUUGAAAACGCUCAGAGAUCUGGAGCGGACCAUCCAUAUAAAACGUAAAUUGAGAUAAAGUGCCUGUUUUAUGGAAAAUAUCAUUAAAUAUUUAAAAACCUAGCCCAAGCCCAACUGAAUUUAAAGUAAUGUGGCAUGUACAUAAUGUCUGACAGAUAUUUAGCUGUGUAAACCGAUGUUAAGGUUUAUUGAAAUGUUAAAUUAAUGUAGGACUGACAGAAAGUCCCAGCUCCCAUUCUUUUGAACUUUUUGUGUUCCGAGACUUCUUUUGAUCCUCAAUUCUGUAAGCCCCGCCCUCCUCACAGUCCCUUGUGAAUUCAACUACAUUCCACACAGACCAAACCAAUGUGCCUCCAAAUUCAGGGGAUGUCAAUUUAAAAGCGUUUGGAUUGUAGUGGGUGGAGAGUUAUAGCUCUGUGACCUCUGGCACUCUUUAAAGUCGCCCAUACUGUGAAUGGCACUGCGGUCUUUUUGCUCUAUACCCACAAAUACGUGUUGACCGGCGUAGCUGCUAUUUUGCAUAACACUUUGACAUCUACUUUUAUAUUUGGAGAGAUGGCAAGAGAGAUCCUGUGAAAAAUGACUGACAUAUUGCUGCACUUCGUCGAUGUUUAAAAAGCUGUACCGUCUUAGAUUGGGCGAAACGCUCAAGGUGCUAAAAGGGUGUGAUGCUGUAAUUCGAGGGAUCUCGGCCACACUAAUAUGUCAACUGUUCCGUAUUUAAACUUCUUAAAUGAUAUGUUCGGGAAAAUAAUUUUUAAUCGCGAUGGACUGUUUAGAGAUUUUGUAAUUUUGGUGUUUUAAGUGUGUUUUGUUAUCUUGACGAUUUUUGGAAAUUCAGUUCGUUGGCCAAUUCGACCAUAUUUUUAAUUAUAGGUACAACCAUAAGGUUUGGAUUUUGAAUCAUGAAAUGUUUGAGUUGGUUAACUGGAAGAAUUCAGCUCUUUUACACACUCUUUGCGCUAAUGUUGAAUGGCUUCGGUGCUCUUUUUUUUCUUUGUUUUAAUGGCUUUGAGAACUAUUACUUCUCUUUACCAGCAUUUAAAUUUACUUGAAUAAGAGAAGUGAUCGGGUGAAUUGCAGAUAUGUGUUUGGCUGUAGGUGUCGUGUGCUGAAAUCUAGAUGACGUCUUACACAGCCAUCUGAACUUGCCACGGAAUAAGUAAAGCCUGUAGGUGGGGCAUUGCAUGGGGGUGGGCCAUUCUGGUUUGUGGGCGUGGCUUCUCUCAUAAACCGUGACACGCCACCCCUUAAAGCUGGAUUGCGGAUACCUUAAAAGCGUUUUUAAUUCAGAUGACGGAUAUAUUUGUAUAUUUUUAAAGAACAGAAUUGCAAAAUGCACAUCAGUUAUUUUUGCUAACAAAGUCUAUGGAAGUUUAAGCAGAGGAUGGUAAUAGUGAUGUUAAUCGUGACUAAUAUAAAUUGGGCCGAUAUGCGAUAUGCAAUAGACUAUUCACUAGUAGAUUUGUCUUGUUGUCUUUUUCAAAAGUUGUUUGUGAGUUUCUUUGCGUUGUUCUGUGGCAUUUGAGUUGUCUUAUGAAAGAAAUAAUGUUGUUCAACAAAGGGGGUGAACCUUCAGUUCCUUUAUUACAUUUAAUAACUUAAACAUGAAGGUACCGCCUCAAACAUUUCCAUUUCAGUUAAGUGUUGGGUGAUUAGCACACGCACGUUUAAAAAAAGGCCUGUUGGCUACUAACCCCUUUGAACUUGUCUUGUUAUUGGUGUCUGUUUCCUUCGAGCUUCGAGUAUUUACCGCUUCUCUUUGUUUCUGUCGCGUUGUUGAGGUGUUUAGUUAGUGGAAUGUGCCUUUUCUGGUGGUGCUGUUAUCAGACAGAAUAUUAAGACGUUUUUUAGGGCCCAGCAAGCCUAUAUUAAAGUUAGUAUAUAUUUAUAUGAUAUACUGUUUAAUGUUUGUUCAAGAGUGUUAAAACUAAGUGUGGGUGUGAUUGUGCCUCUUUAUUCGCCAAGAAGACGUUGGAUUACAGAGCUUGCCAGUAACAGGGUCUCUGGACCAAACUUUUUUUUAGAAUUUGGCACUGCUCUCAGAUCAUGCACUGACAGACGGAUUACUGUACAAGGCGUGGAAACAUCCCAAAUACACACUUGUAGUUGUUUUAUUUUUUUUUUUUAUCUCAAAACCAUUUCCAACAAUCAGUGUCAAAUCUGUUUUCUCUCUGUGUGAUGAAAUAGCAAUAAAGUAAUUCGCAACGUCACUAAUACUUAACCUGAAGUACAGUAGGAGAGAGUUUGCAUAAAUUGGUCAUCCAACUCUCUGGAUUGAACUGUUACUUUAUUAUCGAGGUUAACUGAAUCAGGAAUUCUCCAUAAUCAGCGGUCAGUCUGAUCUUUCCAUUGGGAUGAAACACACAUUCAGCAUUCUGAUUUUAUGGUUUAGUUAUUGUGUGAUGAAAUAAAAUGAAUUGACAACAGAACUGACGUGUUUUAAAAAUAUUAGUCAGAUUUAUUUUAUCUCUGCCUUUCGAAGUCUUUCAUUUGGGUCUUUUUAUUUGGCUGUUCUAUUUAAUUAUCAAUAUUUUAAAGUAUAUGUAUACAAACUUUAAAUAUGUAUUUUAAACAGUUUGUCUUCGACAAAAAUGAUGCAUAUGAAUAAAUAUUAAAUUGA